AUGGCUGAACGAGGAUACAGUUUCUCCCUCACUACCUUCAGGUAAAGUAAAAGAAAAAUAAAUUUCUGCAUCGCAAAACAAAACGUAGUCAAUUAACACCUUACCGUGAGGCCAUAUUCUGCUAUAAUUGUGAUCUUGUUCUUGCUCAAUGGCCAUUAAAUACACUUGAGGCAACUCUGCAAGAGAUGCAGUGUCACGCCGAUGCUAACUAGCUAGCUUCCUACCGGUAGCUGUUGAAGCGAGCUAGCUAGCGUAAGCCAAUUGAUAGUUCUGUAAUUUAGGCUAAUGUCUAAAUAUUUGUAGCUACUGCAGUGGCUAGCAAUUUGUUUUACACCCCCCCCCCACCCUCUAGUUUUGGCUACAGGCUACACAGUUAGCUAGAUGUAACUGAUUAACUUACAACAUUUCUAUUAACAGGUGUAGGUUAGUGCUAUAACUAACGUUACCUAGUUACAUAUCUUCCUUGUUCCUAACAGCCCCUCUGGGAAGCUGGUCCAAAUUGAAUAUGCCCUGGCAGCAGUGGCCGCAGGUGCACCCGCUGUAGGAAUUAAAGGUGAGUAGUUAAAUUAAAACAUUUUGAUGCAGGUAGUUUACAUCCACCUUGUCUAUUUAUUCGGUGUUUUUAUUUAUUUAAUUAAUCAGUGCCCAUCCAAUUAAACAUCUCAACAGACUUAUACACAACUAAACAUUGACUUUCAUUAUCACCUCAAGUAAGGAGAGCUGAUUCCAAGCGUUGUCACUUCAUUUUCCUCCCCUUCCUACAGCCUCAAAUGGAGUUGUCUUGGCAACGGAGAAGAAACAGAAGUCCAUCCUGUACGACGAGACCAGUGUUCACAAAGUUGAGCCUAUAACCAAACACAUUGGUAUGGUGUACAGUGGCAUGGGACCUGACUACAGGUAAUGAGGGAAUGGGGAACUCAUUCUUACUGAAAAUCAACUUCAGCAUAUAGUAUUAUACAUAUUCCACUCCCUAUGCACUCUAGUAUAUUGACUGCUUCAUAGAAACAUGAUGUAGUUGUUUAUAGAAUAUUGCUAUGGUCUAUGAUUUCUUAGCAUACAUGAUUAAACAAAGUCAAUAAACAAGUAAACUAAAGUUACAGGCCUUGAGUGUAACGAGACGAGAUGCUCUUUGUUGUGUUGACAGGGUGCUGCUCCGGAGAGCCAGGAAGUUGGCCCAGCAGUAUUUCCUGGUGUACCAGGAGCCCAUACCCACAGCUCAGCUUGUUCAGAGAGUGGCCUCCGUCAUGCAGGAGUACACACAGUCAGGGUAUGGAGUAUGAUACUGUAGCUACCUAUUGAGGACUUAUUUUUUGCUUACCAUGACAGUGAUUACCAGUUCUCGCUUAGCUUAAAUAACCAGAAUAUAAAUGUGGAGUAGUCCAAAAGUCAACUGUUUAUUUUUUUAAACCCUUUUUACAUACAGUGCAUUCGGAAAGUAUUCAGACCCCUUGAAUUUUUCCACAUUUUGUUACGUUACAGCCUUAUUCCAAAAUGGAUUACAUGUUUUCCCUCAUCAAUCUACACACAAUACCCCAUAAUGACAAUGCGAAAACAGGCUUUUGCAAAUGUAUUAAAAAUAAAAAACAGAAAUACCUUAUUUACAUAAGUAUUCAGACCCUUUGCUCUGAUACUCGAAAUUGAGCUCAGGUGCAUCCUGUUUCCAUUGAUCAUCCUUGAGAUGUUUCUACAACUUGAUUGGAGUCCACCUGUGGUAAAUUAAAUUGAUUGGACAUGAUUUGGAAAGGCACACACCUGUCUAUAUAAGGUCCCACAGUUGACAUUGCAUGUCAGAGCAAAAACCAAGCCAUGAGGCAGGGACUGGGAGACAAGUCAUGACCGAGGGAAAGAUGAACGGAGCAAAGUACAGAGAGAUCCUUGAUGAAAACUUGCUCCAGAGUGCUCAGGACCUCAGACUAAGGUUCCCCUUCCAACAGGACAACGACCCUAAGCACACAGCCAAGACAACGCAGGAGUGGCUUCGGGACAAGUCUCUGAAUGUCCUUGAGUGGCCCAGCCAGUGCCCGGACUUGAAGCCGAUCGAACAUCUCUAGAGGCCUGAAAAUAGCUGUGCCGCAACGCUCCCCAUCCAACCUGACAGAGCUUAAGAGGAUCUGCAGAGAAGAAUGGGAGAAACUCUCCAAAUACAGGUGUGCCAAGCUUGUAGCGUCAUACCCAAGAAGACUCGAGGCUGUAAUCGCUGCCAAAGGUACUUCAACAAAGUACUGAGUAGUGUAAAGGGUCUGAAUACUUAUGUAAAUGUGAUAUUAAAGUUUUUUAUUCUUCAUAAAUUUGCAAACAUUUCUAAACUUUUUUUGCUUUUUCACUAUGGGAUAUUGUGUGUAGAACAAUUUUAGAAUAAGUCUAAUGUAACAAUAUGUCGAAAAAGUCAAGGGGUCUGAAUACUCUCCGAAUGCACUGUAAACAGAUGUCACAAAGUGCUUAUACAGAUACCCAGCCUAAAACUACAAAGAGCAAGCAAUGCAGAUGUAGAAGCAGAGUGGCUAUGGAAAACUCUCUAGAAAGGCAGGAACCUAGUAAGAAACCUAAGAGAGGAAUCAGGCUUCGAGAGGUGGCCAGUCCUCUUCUGGCUGUGCCGGGUGGAGAUUAUAAAAGUACAUGGCCAGAUCGUUCUUCAAUGUUCCUUUUCAGACUAUCAAGUAAGAAUCAUAGGAUGUAAUGAAAUGACUGGGGGGGGGGAAUAGUUAUGUAAUUCAAUGAAUGUAGUUAAUUUGAUUUGAACAAUGAAUGCAUUCAUGAUGGAGUCAAUUUGCUUCAUGUAGGCUUAAAUGUUUUAAAAUGUAUAUUUUGAAAUGUUUUGUCUUCUAUUGCAGGGGUGUCCGUCCUUUCGGAGUGUCCUUGCUGAUCGCCGGUUGGGAUGAGGAUCGACCAUACCUUUUCCAGUCUGAUCCGUCUGUAAGGGCUGGUUACCACCAUUUGCUAUCUGAACAUGUUUGUCUUCUGUAUUUGUUGCGAGAUCAUGAUGAUAAUCAUGUUUUGAUUUCUCUACCCAGGGAGCAUAUUUUGCCUGGAAAGCAACUGCUAUGGGGAAGAACUACGUCAAUGGGAAAACAUUCCUUGAGAAAAGGUAUGUCGAUCAAUUCUCCCGUCCUCCCAAUUGGCACCAUAUUCCCAGCAUCAGCAUGUCGUGUGGCAGUUAUGGUUCAACUGCAGUGUUUCGUAACCCUUUGAUAAAUGUGGGGUAAAGUCAUUUGUGUGUCUCCUCACUCAGAUACAACGAAGACCUGGAACUGGAAGACGCCAUCCACACAGCUAUCUUGACAUUGAAGGUGAGUUAAUCAAUUGUAAGCCUCUGCUGCUGGGCUUCUAUGUGGAAAGGGCUAUACAUGAAAUGUCCCCUUCUAUGCUCUCCUUUUUUUAUUUUACCUUUAUUUAACUAGGCAAGUCAGUUAAGAACAAAUUGUUAUUUACAAUGACGGCCUACACCGGCCAAACCCGGACGACGCUGGGCCAAUUGUACCAAUUCCUGUCGUCAGAUACAUCUUAACAGACCACAGACUCUCUUGUGAUCUUUUGACAUUUGGGUUAUUAGCAGAAUCCUGAAUGCUAUAACUUUUAUUCACAGGAAAGCUUCGAGGGUCAGAUGACCGAAGACAAUAUUGAAGUGGGGAUCUGCAAUGAAGCGGGCUUCAGGCGAUUCUCACCCGCAGAAGUGAAAGACUACUUGGCGGCCAUUGCUUAAAAAAAAUGUGACUCGUGUUGGUGUGACUUGAUUUUUCGUAUUUGGAUAUUACUGAAAUAAUUUAGACUCCUGUAUUUUCAACAUAACAGCAUUUAUUUUUUCUUUGUAUUCCAGUUUCUCCUUCCCCUCUGACAAGUUCAGUAACUAUCAAUAAAUGCCAGAAACUAAA